AUGGUAGACUUCCUAGUUGUCAAUGUGCCAUCAGUACACAACGUCAUUUUGGGCAAACCUUCUCUCAAUGCAAUGAGGGCAGUCAUCUCCACCUAUCAUUUGAUGAUGAAAUUCCCCGUCGAGGGCGGAAUAGGAUACCUCCGAGGCGACCAACGCAAAGCUUGGAGAUGCUACGCAAUAACAGUAAAGAAAGGGUCAGUGAAGCAAGCGCUCACCAUCAACGUACUAGAUCCCAGGGGACCUGUAGAGGACUCAUCUGUGGAGGACCUGGAGAAGGUACUGCUCGACGAGGCAGACCCAAGCAAAACUGUUCAUCUCGGAACGUCGUUGAAUUUUAAGCAGCAGUCCGAAAUGCUGAAUGUGGAUCCAGAUCACAAACCAAUGAAGCAGAAAAGAAGACCGUUCGAUGCCGAGCGGUAUGAAGCAAUAGUCGAUGAAGUCUCCGUACUGCUCGGUGCCGGUUUCAUAGAAGAAGUACACUAUCUAAAUUGGAUAGCAAACGUGGUCCUUGUCAAGAAAACCAAUGAAAAAUGGUGGGUCUGUGUGGAUUACUCGGAUCUGAAAAAGGCCUGUCCGAAGGAUAGCUUCCAAUUGCCUCGGAUAGAUCAGCUGGUGGAUAGUACAGCGGGGCACGAAUUAUUCUCCUUCCUGAACGCUUAUUCUGGGUAUAACUAG